AUGUCGAAAGGCGAAACCUCUUCAUCCAACCAAGAUCCCCGCUUCGAUUUCAUAGGAUCUUAUGCUGUCAAGUCCUUAAAACUGAAGCCAGAAAAAUGGACACGAGUCCUAGGCAUCGAAGAACACAGGGCGACUUUAAACGACUUUGUUAACAAGCCUUUGCCUUUGUUACUUGUCGUGGUCUUGACCCAUACGGCACAAUUGGUCCCGGUUAUUUCAUUCCCAUGUUACUUGAAGAAUAAAGCUGUUUAUUUUGUAAAGAAAAAAGCUGAUGUCAUUCCUAAGGAACAAUGUGCGGAGAUGGUGGUUUUUGGCGACCUAGCACCUCGACUGAUAGACGAGCUAGCAGCUCUUGUGGACGAAGUAUUCGUGCCGCUGCUGUCAAAUCCUCUCAAUCACGAAGGGUGGCCGUUGGUGGUCUCACAGGAUAUACUGAAGCAGAUACACAGUUUGAAGAGUACGGUUUAUGAGGUAAAAGGCAAAGUAAAUGGUCAAACAGUACUUCCAAUGCCUGUGGGAGUAGAAUUAGUUCAUGAGGCAGAAAAAGGUCUUUUACGAGGUGAGGAGGUGGAUCUGUACUUGAAGAGCGCUAUUGAAGGAGUAGUCAUCAAAUGGGCUCAGCAGAUUAAUGACGUCAUGAUGGAAGACUCUGCGCUUGCGUUUGAGAACGGACACAAUCCAUUGCCGACUGUUGAAUUACAAUUUUGGAAGUCACGUCUAAGUAAUUUAAAUUAUAUUUACGAUCAAUUGCGGACCGAUAGAGUUCGAUGCAUGGCUCUUAUUUUGGAGAAAACUACUUCAGCUUACUAUCCUUGCUUUAGCCGAUUGUUUAAGAAUAUUGUUUCUGCUCUUGCAGAAACUCAAGAAAUAGAUCUCUACCUCAGAACCUUAGAGAAACAUUUUCAAGCUCUCGAAGACACGGACUUUACAGAAUGCCAACCGUUAUUUAGACCCUUGUUUCAUGUCAUUUCUAUGAUAUGGAGAGAUUCUAAAUACUACUGCAGUUCUUCCAAACUCAUUGUUUUGAUGAAACAGAUUUGUAACUUGCUUAUCUAUCAGGCAAAAAAGUGCUUAGACCCAAGCACACUUUUCCACAGCGACAUAGAUGAGGCAACACAGCGAAUUCAACAGACAAUAGACAUUCUAAAAAAAUUCCGAUCUACUUUCGAAUAUUUUAAAGAAAACAUUGGCAAAUAUUUCGGCGAUAGAACUGUAAUACCAUGGACCUUUCAUCCUAAUGUAGUUUUUGAAAGAAUGAAUAAAUUUCUAGACAGGCUAGAUACGAUACAAUGGUUUUUCAAAACUGUGCUGGAGUUCCAGAAAUUAGAGAAGAUAGAAAUUGGUGGAAUGAAAGGCAAAGUUUUAAGCGGACAGAUAAGGGAAAUAUCAGCUGAAUUUGAAGGAUAUUUCCACGGUUUUGCAUCGAAAUCGUAUGAUGUCCUUGACCCGGAUGAUGAUAAAUUCAAUGUAGAUUUUAAAGACUUCCAAGAUAAUAUUGUUGAUUUGGAUUUGAAGUUGUCGACUGUUCUAGUAGAAUCGUUCGAUAAUUGUUCUACUUUGGAAUCCAUCUUUAAGCUAAUCGAUAUCGUCGGCUCCGUCUUAGAGAGACCACUCAUUAGAAAUGAAUUUACCGCAAAAUACGUAGAAAUUAUAGUCAUGUUAACACAUGAAAUUGAAGCUUGCGAAGAACUUUUCAACGAGCAAUCACACCGUUUAGAGAAAUACGGCCAUAUGGAAAUAGAUGCUUAUCUACCUCCAGUGGCUGGCGGCCUUCUCUAUAUGACCACGCUGGCUAGCAGGAUCACCAAGCCUGUAGUCAGCUUUCGCAAUUUGCCGCACCCGAUAAAGGGUACGGAUGAGGCGAAGAAAAUUUUCGACAGAUACGAGAGACUUAUUGAGAACAUCACAGAGUUUAAGAAGAAGUAUUUCAACGACUGGACAGUCAAUAUUGCGGUCAUUAUCGAAAAGAAAAGCAAUAAGACUAUUCUUACUCGGCAGGGGCAGGAUCUUGUUCUUAACUUUGACCCAAUGCUUCAAGAAAUCAUAAAAGAAGUCCACCAUUUACGAACAAACCCAGAUUUUAUGAGCGCACUACCAAAAGAAACCUUGGAACUCUUCGAGAAGCACGAAACCUACAGGCAGUACAGAAUAAAUUUAAGCAUUACUAUAGAUUGGUACAAUCAGAUUAGGAAAAACAGUCAGAAAGAAGAGUUUGAUCUAGUUGAAGAUGAAAUCAAAGCCAUCGAUCAAAGAAUUGAGAUGGCUAGAAACAAAUUAAACUGGAAUUCGCCAGAUUUAUGGAAUUGUCUGCAAGAAUUACAUACUUUAGUUGGUAACUUGUAUCAGCGCAUGUCCAAAAUUCAAGAAAAUUUAAGAGAAAUCAAGUCGGUAUUGAAAGUGUGGUCAUCACUCCCACUUUUUGAAAGAAAAGAAGGCAAGAAGGAUACCUUACUUAAUCUCGAAGAGCGGCAAGAAAAGACCAGUAAGAGAUACAGUGAUAUAGAAGCAACAGCAAACCGUAUCAAGGAAUUAUUAAAUGAAAACAUGAAAUUGUUUAACAUGCAAGACAAUCAAGAUAGUGAAAUUUGGCUAAAUUACGUUGCGUUUAUUGAUACUUUGAUCGAAGAUGCAUUGUUCAAAACUAUAGCUGUUAGUUUGGGCUACAUAACUGAGCAUAUGAAUCCGAAAAAUAAAUUAGCUCCUUUAUUCGAGGCUCAAUUAGAAUUAUUAGAUCCAGAUAUGGUGUUUGCACCAACACUCGAUCCCAACAACGAGAAAGGUUUCACAGCUCUUAUAAAAGGUCUCAUUGACGAUAUCUUAAAAAUGUCUGCCUUGAUAGAUAGAAUUGAUCCUAAAAAAGACAAGUCUUAUGAAGAGUAUAUUAAAAAUCAUGUGGAUAUAGUUGAAAUGAAAGAAGAAAUUCUAAGCGGUAUAGAGAAAGUAAUAGAAGAUGCUAAUGAAUUCUGCAAGACAUUUGAGAACUAUUCUUACCUUUGGUUGGAGGAAAGAGAUGCAGUCAUGGAAGUCUUCCUUACGUAUGGCAGAAUUUUAACACCAGAAGAAGUGGAUAGGAUUGGAUCUGAAGACAAGGAAAUUAGUGCAACGGCGCCCAAACCUUGUCCACCAAAAAUGGAUGCCUUUCGAGAACAAAUUGAUCAUUUUGAAAAUCUUUUUAUGGACAUAGAAGAAAUUGAUUCGUAUAAAAUCUUUAACUGUUGGUUCCAGGUUGAUGUAAGGCCGUUUCGACAAGCUUUAUUGAACACAGUAAGAAAGUGGGGUAAUAUGUACAAAGAACAUUUAGUUAACAACGUAACAUCGAGCCUUACCGAUUUGGGUAAUUUCAUUCGCGAGGCUGACGAAGGUCUACUCCAACCUGUACCAGAAGGUGAUUAUGAUGCCCUAGUUGCAGUAAUGGGAUAUCUUAUGAAUGUGAAGGAUCGUACAGCAACCACGGAUGACAUGUUCCAGCCUCUUACUGAAACCAUAGAGUUAUUGAAAUUUUAUGACAUGGAUAUUCCUGAAGAAGUUAAUGUUCUUUUACAAGAAUUGCCAGAACAAUGGCAAGCGACGAAAAAAUUAGCACUAACUGUAAAGCAGCAAGUGGCACCACUGCAGGCAGCUGAAGUAUCUGGCAUUAGAAAGAAAAUAGCCACUUUUGAAUCACACGUCAGUUAUUAUAGAGAAGUUUUCAAGAGAUAUGAUUUCUUUAGAUACGAUUGUGAAGAUCCUUACGCUUUGAUGUCAAGAGUGGAUUACGAAAUCCUUCAACUUGAAGAAGAAAUGAAGAACAUUCAAGAGUCAGGGUCAUUGUUUGAAGUCAACGUACCGGAAUUUAAGUUAUUAAAGCAAUGUAGAAAAGAAUUAAGGAUGUUAAAGCAACUUUGGGAUUACGCGUUCAUUGUAAAAACAAGUAUAGAAGAUUGGAAGACGACGCCGUGGCGAAAGAUUGAUGUUGAAAACAUGGACAUCGAGUGCAAGAAAUUUGCUAAAGAAAUCAGAUUACUUGAUAAAGAGAUGAGAAGUUGGGAUACUUAUAUAAAUUUGGAGGCAACAGUAAAAAAUAUGCUAACAUCCCUAAGGGCUGUAGGUGAACUUCAAAAUCCGGCUAUUAGAGAACGGCACUGGGACCAACUAAUGCGCAGUACAAAGAGCUUAGCAGCAUUGCCACCUGAGCUCACUGUGAGGAUAGUAAUGGAUGAAAACACAACGCUAGCAGAUCUUUUGGCUCUGAAUUUGCACGAAUGUGAGGAAGAAGUGAAAAAUAUUGUAGAUAAAGCAGUAAAAGAAAUGUCAAUGGAGAAAACUUUAAGAGAUUUAAACACUACCUGGAGUCGAAUGGAGUUUGAACAAGAGAUACAUUCAAGAACUGGUUGUAUACUGCUGAGAGCUAGUGAGGAGCUUAUUGAAACUUUAGAAGAGAACCAGGUACAACUACAAAACUUAAUAACAUCAAAAUUCAUCGCCUAUUUUCUGGAAGAAGUAUCAGGCUGGCAGCAGAAGUUGUCUAUAGCAGAUCAAGUGAUCUCUGUUUGGUUUGAGGUACAGCGGACAUGGACGCAUCUUGAGAGUAUUUUCAUGAGUUCUGAAGAUAUUCGAAAACAAUUGCCUGAUGAUUCUGCUAGAUUUGAUAGAAUAGAUGAAGAGUUUAAAAGUAUUUCUAAAGAGAUGUCGAAAACUCCCAAUGUAGUGCAAGGAACAAACAAAGAAGGCUUGGUAGAAAAACUGGAUAUGCUUCAGAAAGAUUUAGUGCUUUGUGAAAAAGCAUUAGCUGAGUAUUUGGAAACUAAAAGAUUAGCAUUUCCUAGGUUUUAUUUUGUUUCUUCCGCUGAUUUGUUAGAUAUUUUAUCUAAUGGAAAUCAAGCUGAAUUGGUAAUUAGGCAUUUGACAAAGCUCUUUGAUUCAAUAGCCAAGUUAAAAUUUAUUGAAAGUGAUAAACCAGGUGAAAAGGUCUCGUCGGGUAUGAUAGCUAAAGAUGGCGAAUAUGUACCAUUUCAUGGAACCUGUGAUUGUACUGGUCCAGUGGAAAUAUGGUUGAAUAGAUUGCAAGAUAUGAUGAGAUUAUCAAUCCGCCACUAUUUUGGAGAAGCUAUGGUCUCCUAUGAGGAAAAACCACGAGAGCAAUGGCUCUUCGACUUCAUGGCACAAGUCUCACUUUGCGGAACCCAAAUUUGGUGGACAACUGAAGUUAAUAUGGCCUUUGCCAGAUUAGAAGAAGGAUAUGAUAAUGCUUUGAAGGAUUACUAUAAGAAGCAGUUAGCUCAACUUAGUACAUUAAUUACAUUAUUGAUAGGAGAGUUAAGUAAACAGGACCGCCAGAAAAUUAUGACAAUUUGUACAAUAGACGUGCAUUCAAGAGAUGUCGUUAGUAAGAUGAUACAACAAAAGGUGGAGGCGGGAUCAGCGUUUCAAUGGCAGUCUCAGCUAAGACACAGAUGGGGUGACAAAGAACAUCAUUGUUUCGCUAACAUUUGCGACGCUCAAUUUCUCUACAGCUACGAAUAUCUUGGCAACACUCCUCGUCUUGUUAUUACACCAUUGACGGAUAGAUGUUAUAUCACAUUAACACAGUCAUUGCAUUUAAUCAUGGGUGGAGGUCCAGCAGGUCCUGCUGGUACAGGCAAAACAGAAACAACAAAAGACUUAGGCAGAGCUCUAGGUAUAAUGGUUUACGUGUUCAAUUGUUCAGAGCAAAUGGAUUAUCAGUCUUGUGGUAACAUAUACAAAGGAUUGGCUCAAACUGGAGCUUGGGGAUGCUUUGAUGAAUUUAAUAGAAUAUCUGUUGAAGUACUUUCUGUAGUUGCUGUCCAAGUAAAAUCGGUACAAGAUGCAAUAAGAGACAAAAAAGAAAUGUUCAAUUUUAUGGGUGAGAUGAUAGUACUCGUUCCGACGGUUGGAAUAUUCAUCACCAUGAAUCCAGGUUAUGCCGGCAGAACAGAACUGCCUGAAAAUCUUAAAGCCCUCUUUAGACCGUGUGCAAUGGUAGUUCCUGACUUUGAAUUGAUUUGUGAAAUAAUGUUGGUUGCUGAAGGAUUCCAAGAAGCCAAAAUUCUAGCAAGGAAGUUUAUUACAUUGUAUACUUUGUGUAAAGAGUUGUUGUCUAAACAAGAUCAUUACGACUGGGGUCUGAGAGCUAUAAAAUCUGUACUUGUUGUGGCUGGUUCGUUAAAGAGAGGAGAUCCGGGCAGACCUGAAGAAGAAGUUUUAAUGAGGACUUUGCGCGAUUUUAAUAUACCAAAGAUAGUGACCGACGAUAUGCCUGUAUUUAUGGGUUUGAUCGGAGACUUGUUUCCUGCUCUAGAAGUACCUAGAAAGCGGGAUUUGGAAUUUGAAAGGACUGUCAAACAAGCGGCUAUGGAUUUAUCACUUCAACCUGAAGAUAAUUUUAUAUUAAAAGUGGUUCAACUUGAAGAGCUAUUAGAAGUUCGUCAUUCAGUUUUCAUUGUUGGCAACGCUGGCACAGGCAAGACGCAAGUAUGGAAGUCUCUGUUUAAAACCUAUCAAAACCUUAAAAAGAAGCCUAUUUUUAACGAUUUGAAUCCCAAAGCUGUAACUAAUGAUGAAUUGUUUGGUAUAAUAAACCCUGCUACGAGGGAAUGGAAGGAUGGACUAUUUUCAGUAAUAAUGAGAGAUCAAGCUAAUCUUUCCGGAGAAAAUCCGAAAUGGAUAAUCCUUGAUGGAGACAUAGACCCAAUGUGGAUUGAGUCUUUGAAUACAGUGAUGGAUGAUAAUAAAAUUUUGACUUUAGCCAGCAAUGAAAGAAUUGCUUUAACACCUACUAUGAGACUUAUGUUUGAGAUUUCUAAUUUAAGGACCGCUACACCAGCGACGGUAUCUAGAGCUGGUAUUUUGUAUAUAAAUCCACAAGAUUUAGGAUGGAAUCCAUAUGUUACUAGUUGGGUAGAAACAAGAAAAAUUCCAGCUGAAAAAUCCAAUCUUGUAAUGCUUUUCGAUAAAUACAUACCAUCGUGCCUAGAAACCGUCAGAAAUAGAUUCAAAAAGAUCACACCAAUAGCUGAAAUGGCUCAUAUACAAAUGUUAUGCCAUUUAUUAAAUUGUUUGUUUGUGCCAGAGAAUACGCCAGCGGAAUGUCCCAAAGAGUGGCAUGAUAUUUAUUUCGUUUUUGCUUGCGUUUGGGCUUUUGGUUCUGCCAUGUUUCAAGACAGUGCUAUUGAUUAUAGAGUUGAAUUUACAAAAUGGUGGGUGAAUGAGUUCAAGCAUAUUAAGUUUCCACCUGGUGGUACUGUCUUUGAUUUUUAUAUUGAUACUGAAACAAAACAAUUUACUCCUUGGACAGAAAAGAUACCAAAAUUCGAAUUAGACUCAGACAUACCUUUGCAGGCAGUUCUAGUGCCUACAGCAGAGACUAUAAGAAUCAGAUAUUUUUUGGACUUGCUGAUGAAAAAUAAACAUCCAGUAAUGUUAGUCGGAAGUGCUGGAUGUGGCAAAACUGUCCUUGUCAAUGAGAAGCUGCAGAGCCUUCCAGAAAACUACGCUGUACAAGCUAUACCAUUCAAUUUCUAUACAAGCUCAGAGAUGUUACAAAAAAUUCUUGAAAAACCUCUAGAAAAGAAGGCUGGUAGAAAUUAUGGCCCACCUGGCAAUAAAACACUCAUAUAUUUCAUAGAUGAUAUGAACAUGCCUGAGGUGGAUGGUUAUGGGACUGUGCAGCCCCAUACAAUAAUAAGACAACAUUUGGAUUACAAUCAUUGGUAUGAUCGUACCAAGUUAACUCUCAAGGACAUUCACAAUACUCAAUACGUUUCUUGUAUGAACCCAACUUCGGGUAGUUUUACUAUCAACCCCAGGUUGCAGAGGCAUUUCUGUGUGUUUGCUAUUAGUUUUCCGAACAAUGACGCACUUAAUAGUAUAUAUUAUUCAAUCCUGAGUCAGCAUUUAGCGAAUCCCGAGUUAAGGAUUAAUCCACAGAUUGCUAAAUUGUCAUCAUGCGUAGUGGCGGCAUCAAUAGCUCUACAUAAUAAAGUAUCUCAAGUUUUCUUGCCAACUGCCAUUAAAUUCCAUUAUAUUUUCAAUUUGAGAGAUUUAUCGAAUAUGUUCCAGGGUCUACUUUUCAGUACAAAUGAAUGUUUAGUAAAUCCGUCGGAUCUAAUUAGGUUGUGGCUUCAUGAAACUCAUCGCGUUUACGGCGAUAAGCUGACUGAAGAUAAAGAUAUUGAUGCUUUUCUGAAAAUGCAAGUUGAUCUUUGCAAGAAGAACUUUGAGGAUAUUGAUGAAGGUAUAGUGUUCGAACGUCCUAACAUAUACUGCCACUUCGCUGGCGGUAUUGGCGAGCCCAAAUAUAUGCCAAUAGAGACUUGGGAGCAGCUUAACAAGUUAUUGACAGAAGCCAUGGCCAGUUACAACGAUCUCAUCGCUGCUAUGAAUCUAGUGCUGUUUGAAGAUGCUAUGAUGCACAUUUGCAGGAUAAGUCGCAUUUUAGAAAGUCCGAGAGGUAGUGCUUUACUAGUUGGGGUCGGAGGGUCAGGCAAACAGUCAUUAUCUCGAUUAGCAGCUUUCAUUGCCAGCUUAGAAGUCUUGCAAAUCCAAUUAAAGAAAGGCUAUGGUGUUACUGAUUUGAAGAAAGAACUUUCGGGUCUCUAUAUUAAAACAGGUCUGAAAAACGUUGGCAUAAUGUUCCUGAUGACCGAUGCACAGGUCGCUAAUGAACAGUUUCUUGUAUUGAUCAACGAUUUCUUGUCUUCCGGUGAAGUGGCUGAUCUAUUCCCUGAUGAUGAGAUUGAGAAUAUUAUUGGUGGAGUUAGGAAUGAGGUAAAAGGCGCCGGUCUACCGGAUACUCGAGAAGUUUGCUGGAAAUUUUUCAUUGACCGUGUCAGAAAACAACUGAAAGUUGUAUUAUGUUUCUCUCCUGUGGGCUCCACACUGAGAGUCAGAUCGAGGAAGUUCCCAGCCCUUAUCAACUGUACAUCAAUAAAUUGGUUCCAUGAGUGGCCGCAGGAGGCGUUGGUAUCUGUGGCUAUGAGGUUUUUGGAGGAGUUACAGGUUUUACCGGUAGCUUUAAAAGAUUCUAUAUCAAGGUUCAUGGCCUACGUCCAUACUUCAGUGAACACGAUAUCAAAGGCCUAUUUGUCGAAUGAAAGACGAUACAACUACACGACGCCUAAAAGCUACUUGGAGCAAAUCAGUUUGUACGCAAAACUGGUCAAUGCAAAAACCAAGGAGCUUCAAGCUAAGAUAGUACGGUUAGAAAAUGGGUUAGAAAAGCUCCGUAGCACAGCGUGUCAAGUCGAUGAUCUGAAAAAAACGUUGGCCGUCCAAGAAAUAGAACUACAGCAAAAGAAUGAAGCAGCAGAUAAGCUUAUUGAAAUGGUGGGUGUGGAGACUGUCAAAGUUCAGAGCGAAAAAGCGCUUGCUGAUGAAGAAGAAGAAAAGGUUGCUGUAAUAGCAGAAGAAGUAUCCAAAAAGCAAAAAGAGUGUGAAGAAGAUCUGAUUAAGGCAGAACCAGCUCUCGUUGCUGCUCAGGAAGCUUUAAACACAUUGAACAAGGCUAAUCUUACAGAACUGAAAUCUUUUGGAUCGCCUCCUGGGGUCGUGACAAAUGUUACUGCAGCUGUAAUGGUGUUAUUAGCUCCUGGUGGAAAGAUACCAAAGGACAGAAGUUGGAAGGCAGCGAAAGUGGUGAUGGCAAAAGUGGACAUGUUCUUAGAAUCACUGAUUAAUUAUGAUAAGGAAAACAUCCAUCCCGAUGUUAUAAAAGCUAUUCAACCAUAUCUCAAGGACCCAGAGUUUGAGCCUGAGUUUGUAAGGUCAAAAUCUGCUGCCGCUGCAGGUUUAUGCGCAUGGGUAAUAAAUAUAAUAAAAUUCUAUGAAGUAUUUUGUGAUGUUGAGCCUAAAAGAAAGGCCUUAGCUGCUGCUAAUGCUGAGCUAGCCGCUGCUUCCGAGAAAUUAAAAUCCAUCAAGUCACAAGUUGCAGCUCUAGAAGAUAAACUAGCAAAUUUAACAGCAGACUUUGAGAAAGCAACAUCAGAGAAAAUGAAAUGUCAACAAGAGGCCGAUGCAACUAAUAGAACUAUUCAACUCGCUAAUAGACUUGUGAAUGGCCUCGCUAGUGAAAACGUUAGAUGGGCAGAAGCUGUGUCCAAUUUAAUGCAACAGAAUACAACCUUACCGGGAGACAUACUUCUUGUUUGUGCGUUCAUAUCUUACGUUGGUUGCUUUACUAAACAGUAUCGACUGGAUUUGCUUCAUAAAAAUUGGCUGGUGUUUAUGAAGACUUUGGAGCCUCCAGUACCGAUAACUGAAGAACUAGAUCCUUUAACGAUGUUAACAGAUGACACGCAAAUUGCAAUGUGGCAAAAUGAAGGACUACCCUCAGAUCGUAUGAGUACUGAAAAUGCUACAAUAUUAUCCAAUUCAGAUCGGUGGCCACUUAUGAUCGAUCCGCAGUUGCAAGGUGUCAAAUGGAUAAAACAGAAGUAUGGAGAGAUACUUCGGGUUAUUCGUCUUGGUCAAAAAGGAUAUUUGGACACAAUAGAAAGGGCAAUUAUUAAAGGAGAAACAGUUUUACUGGAAAAUAUUGACGAAACUGUUGACCCUGUGUUAGAUCCUUUACUUGGGCGUAAUUUGAUUAAAAAAGGGAGAGCAAUCAAGAUAGGCGAUAAAGAAAUUGAAUACAGUCCAAAUUUUAGACUGAUCCUACAUACAAAAUUAGCCAAUCCUCACUAUAAACCAGAAAUGCAAGCGCAAACUACCCUAAUCAACUUCACAGUAACAAGAGAUGGGCUAGAGGAUCAAUUAUUAGCUGAAGUAGUAAAAGCUGAAAGACCAGAUCUUGAAGAAUUAAAAGCCGAUUUGACAAGACAGCAGAAUCAGUUUAAAAUCCAAUUAAAGGGUCUUGAAGAUGAUCUACUCCAUAGAUUAUCUUCAGCUGGGGAGAAUAUCCUUGGUGAUACAGCUUUAGUUGAGAAUUUGGAAACUACGAAGAAAACUGCAGCCGACAUUGAAAAGAAGGUAACAGAAGCCAAAGUAACAUCUCUUCAAAUAGACCAAGCACGAGAAUUUUAUCGUCCUGCUGCAGCGAGAGCGUCUCUUUUGUAUUUUAUUUUAAAUGAGUUGAAUACUAUUAAUCCAAUUUACCAGUUCUCACUUAAGGCUUUUAGUGUGGUAUUUCAAAAAGCAAUUUCUAAAGCGGAGCCAGCGGAAGAAGUUAGCCAAAGAAUUAAAAAUUUGAUUGACUGUAUUACCUACUCCGUUUUUCAAUACACGUCGAGAGGAUUGUUUGAAUGUGACAAACUUAUUUUUGCGUCUCAGAUGACAUUUCAGGUACUUCUCAUGAGUGAAGAAAUUACCUCUGCUGAACUUGAUUUCUUCCUUCGUUUUCCCAUCAAACCUCACGUCACAAGUCCUGUGGACUUUCUUUCAAACCAAAGUUGGGGUGGCAUUUGUUCAUUGGCUGGCAAAGAGGAAUUCAGGAAUUUGGACAGAGACAUUGAAACUUCUCAAAAGAGGUGGAAAAAAAUAGUGGAAAUGGAUUGUCCAGAGAGAGAAAAGUUUCCACAAGAGUGGAAAAACAAAACAGCUCUUCAAAGACUUUGCAUGUUAAGAGCAUUGAGACCAGACAGAAUGACGUAUGCUGUCGCAGCAUACAUUGAAGAGAAAAUGGGCGUGAAAUACGUAGAAAACCGGACCGUAGAAUUCAGUAAAUCCUUCGAAGAGACCAGUCCCACAACUCCAAUAUUCUUCAUUUUGUCUCCCGGUGUAAAUCCAUUGAAAGACGUUGAGGCUCUAGGAAAGAUCAUGGGUUUCACGGCGGAUAAUGGAAACUUCCAUAACGUGUCGCUAGGUCAAGGUCAGGAGGUGGUUGCUGAACAGGCUAUGGACGAAUCUUUGCAGAAGGGACAUUGGGUAGUAUUACAGAACAUCCACUUAGUAAAAAAAUGGCUUCCUAGCCUAGAAAAGAAAAUGGAAAGUUUUGCUCUUGGCUGCCAUGAAGAUUUUCGAUUCUUCAUGUCAGCUGAACCGGCUGCAACGGCUGCUGCCCAUAUUAUUCCUCAGGGUAUUUUAGAAUCUAGUAUCAAGAUUACUAAUGAGCCACCUACUGGGAUGCAGGCAAAUAUACACAAAGCACUCGACAAUUUCAAUCAAGAAACUUUAGAGAUGUGUGGAAAAGAAGCUGAGUUCAAGGCCAUAUUAUUUGCUUUGUGUUACUUCCACGCUGUGGUAGCUGAAAGAAGAAAAUUUGGACCUCAAGGGUGGAACAAGAUUUAUCCUUUCAAUGUUGGCGAUUUAACAAUUAGCGUUUUUGUUCUGUACAACUACCUUGAAGCAAAUUCUAGAGUUCCUUGGGAGGAUCUACGUUAUCUCUUUGGAGAGAUCAUGUAUGGAGGACAUAUCACUGAUGACUGGGACCGGAGACUUUGUAAUGCUUAUUUGGAAGAAUUGAUGCAACCUGAUCUUGUUGACGGUGAACUUCAGCUUGCUCCAGGGUUCUCUGCUCCUCCAAACACAGACUACGCUGGUUAUCAUCAAUACAUAGAAGACGCUAUGCCUGCAGAAUCUCCGUACCUUUACGGGCUGCACCCAAACGCUGAGAUCGGUUUCUUGACGACAACUUCUGAGAAUCUUUUCAGAACCAUUUUUGAGAUGCAGCCGAGAGAUGCUCAGUCUUCAGGUGCUGCUACUGUAACACGGGAGGAUAAGGUGAAACAAAUGCUUGACGAAAUAGUGGAAAAGUUACCAGAAGAGUUCAAUAUGGUAGAGAUAAUGGGUAAAGUUGAGGAAAGGACGCCAUACGUUAUUGUGGCUUUUCAAGAAUGUGAAAGAAUGAACUAUUUGACGGGAGAGAUGAAAAGAUCACUGAGAGAACUUGAUUUAGGGCUCAAGGGUGAACUAACAAUCACAUCGGAUAUGGAAGAGUUGGAGAACGCUUUGUUCUUAGACCAAGUUCCACAGAUCUGGAGUAGUAGGGCAUAUCCAUCAUUGCUGGGUUUGUCAGCCUGGUUUGUUGAUUUACUACUACGUCUUCGGGAGUUGGAGACAUGGGCUACUGAUUUUGUUCUACCAGCAUCGGUAUGGCUAGCAGGAUUUUUCAAUCCUCAAAGCCUAUUGACUGCAAUUAUGCAAAGCACAGCUCGCCGAUAUGAAUUGCCACUUGACAAGAUGUGUCUUCAGUGUGACGUGACGAAAAAAAUGAAAGAGGAAUUCACGUCGUCUCCUCGUGAUGGCGCAUAUGUGCAUGGGUUGUUAAUGGAAGGGGCGAGAUGGGAUGUCCAGGCUGGGAUUAUUAUGGACUCCAGGUUGAAAGAGCUUUUCCCGCCUAUGCCUGUUAUUUAUGUCAGGGCAAUAACUCAAGAUAAGCAAGAUCUCCGCAACAUGUACGAGUGUCCAGUGUACAAAACGAGAACCAGAGGUCCUACUUACGUGUGGACUUUCAAUUUGAAGACCAAGGAUAAGCCUUCCAAGUGGACUUUAGCAGGCGUCGCUUUGCUUCUGCAAGUCUAG